AUGGUGUCCUCGAUCCCCGACGGCGUCACCCAGGAAGAGCGCAGCCACCUCGUCCAAGUCGCCAAGGACUGGGCCGCCGCAAACGGCCUCGCCAUCCGGCCCCCGCCUACCAUCGUCCCGCAAGAGGUCGACCCGGCGGGCGUGUUGGCCAUUCACGCGCCCGUCACCCUCUUCCCCAGCAAAUUCCCCGCUCGUGCUUCGAGCAGGCGAGAUCGGUACAAAAGGCUUACAAUGACUUUUGACGUCGACGACUUCGUCGCAAGCCUGUGGAAAGUGCACGAGAGGGUCAAGCAGGAAGGCUACGCGCAAGAUCUAUCCCUCGGCCUCUUCCGGUCCGACUACAUGGUCCACGAAGACGCGAGCGGGCUCCAAAUCAAGCAAGUCGAGUUCAACACCAUCGCCUCCUCCUUUGGCGGCCUCUCCACGCAAACCUCCCUCCUCCACCGCUUCCUCGCCGCGACCGACGCCGCCCACCUCGCCCGAGGCAUCGCCGCCGCCUUUCGCGCGUACGACGCCGCCUCCGCCUUCGCCUCCGCGUCGCCGCCGCGCCCGCGCUGCGUCCUCUUCGUCACCCAGGACGGCGAGCGCAACGUCUUUGACCAGCGCCACCUCGAAUACAACGUCUCGACCCAGGAGCCCGCCAUCCCCGUCUUCCGGCUCCCCUACUCCGAGAUCCUCCAGCACACUCGCGUCGCCGACGGCGCGAGGCGCGAACUCGUCUACACCCCGCCAUGGAGCCGCACCCCGUCCGCCGAGUACGAGGUCGCCGUCGUGUACUACCGAGCGGGCUACGGCCCCGGCGAUUACCCGUCGCAGGACGCCUGGGAGGCGAGGUUCCAGGUCGAGCGCUCCGCCGCCAUCAAGUGCCCCACCAUCCUCACCCAGCUCGCGGGCAUGAAGAAGGUGCAGCAGGGCCUUGCCGACGCCAAGUCCCUCCUCGACACCUUUACCAACAUCUACCCGAUGGACGCCUCUCCCGCGGGCCUCGAGGCCCGGCGCAAGGCCACGGACCCGGAGCUCUGCAAGGCUUUCGUGCUCAAGCCGCAGCGCGGGGCGGCGGCAACAACAUUUACCGCACCGCCAUCCCCGACUCAUCACCCCACCCCCGCGCACAACGUCAUCCUCCGCAACGGCAACCUCGAGGAAGGCGGUAUCAUCUCGGAACUAGGCGUUUACGGAACCUGUCUUUGGAAUGACAAGGAGAUCCUGCACAAUGAGGAGGCCGGGUACCUCCUUCGGACCAAGGGAGACAAGAGCGAGGAGGGAGGCGUGGCUGCAGGAUUCGGUUGUAUGGACAGUGUCAACCUAGUCAACUAA